AUGCCAGAACUCUUAGGUAAAGAUGAAAUUAGAAAUAUACUUACAGAAGUGAAUAUAUUGAAGAGCAAAAGACAUAGUUCCUUAGGAAUUUCUAUUAUUAUAAUUACAGCAGCAAUUGCAAUAAGCGCCCUGUUUAUAUUCAUCUCUACAAAAAGCCAUCUUACAGAAAUGAGAAAAGCACGCCUGAUAAAUCAAUUAAGGUUUGGUGAAGAGGAUAUCCUUCUGGAAGACGAAGAUGUCAAAAAAAAUAACAAGGCACAGAGCAGACCUAACCCAGAGUACAUAGAUAUAUCAAGAGUAAAAAUAAUCCAUGUCCUCUCUGGCAUCAUUGCACUGGUAUUCAGCGUUCUGACAAUUACAAUCUUUGCAUAUGUAAUUUUCAAUAAAAAAUAUGAAUAUCCUGAAUCCAUCCAGAAUGCACUUAGCAAAGACAUAAACAUGGUAGAAAUGCAUAGAAGAUUUGCUCGGAGUGUUAAUAGCGUUGAACAGACUAGUUCUAGUGUUUUAGGCAGUGGAGGUAGAUAUAUGCUGACAGGCGAUUCUAUUCUAAUAUUCAACAAACAUGACAUGGGAAGACCUAUUCGGGUGGCUGCAAUAAAAGGCCUGUUGCAUGAGCUUGAAAAAAGAACAGAAGAUGAAGCUCUUUUGAAAUCCAUUAGAGCGCACAGAAACUAUUAG